GCCUUUUGAGUAGUGAUGUCAGAUUUUGGCUCUCUAUUUGACUUGGAGCACGACUUACCAGAUGAAUUAAUCAACUCUACAGAAUUGGGACUAACCAAUGGUGGUGAUAUUAGUCAGCUUCAGACGAGCCUUGGCAUGGUACAAGAUGCAGCCUCUAAACAUAAACAACUGUCAGAAUUGCUACGUUCUGGUAGUUCCCCUAACCUCAACAUGGGGGUUAGUGGCCCAGGUCAAGGCAUGGCCAGCCAGGCCCAACAGAACAGUCCUGGAUUAGGUUUGAUAAAUAGCAUGGUCAAAAGCCCAAUGGCACAGGCAGGCUUGACUUCUCCCAACAUGGGGAUGGGCACUAGUGGACCAAAUCAGGGUCCCACACCAUCUGCAACGGGUAUGAUGAACAGUCCAGUAAAUCAGCCUGCCAUGGGAAUGAACACGGGGAUGAAUGCUGGCAUGAAUCCUGGGAUGUUGACUGCAGGCAGUGGACAGGGGAUGCUGCCUAAUCAAGUCAUGAACGGUUCAAUUGGAGCAGGCCGGGGGCGACCUAAUAUGCAGUACCCAAACCCAGGCAUGGGAAAUGCUGGCAACUUAAUGACUGAGCCACUGCAGCAAGGCUCUCCCCAGAUGGGAGGACAAACAGGAUUGAGAGGGCCCCAGCCUCUUAAGAUGGGAAUGAUGAACAACCCUAAUCCUUACGGUUCACCAUACACUCAGAAUUCUGGACAGCAGAUUGGAGCCAGUGGCCUUGGUCUACAGAUUCCGACAAAGUCUGUACUACCAAACAGCUUAUCUCCAUUUGCAAUGGACAAAAAGGCAGUUCCUGGUGGAGGAAUGCCCAACAUGGGCCAGCAGCAGACCCCGCAGGUCCAGCAGCCGGGCCUGGUGACUCCAGUGGCCCAAGGGAUGGGUUCUGGAGCACACACAGCUGAUCCAGAGAAGCGCAAGCUCAUCCAGCAGCAGCUUGUUCUCCUUUUGCACGCUCACAAGUGCCAGCGGCGAGAGCAGGCCAAUGGGGAAGUGAGGCAGUGCAACCUUCCCCACUGUCGUACAAUGAAGAACGUCCUUAACCACAUGACACACUGCCAGUCAGGCAAGUCCUGCCAAGUGGCACACUGUGCAUCUUCUCGACAAAUCAUUUCACACUGGAAGAAUUGUACAAGGCAUGAUUGUCCUGUGUGUCUACCCCUUAAAAAUGCUGGAGAUAAGAGAAAUCAACAGUCAAUUCUGACUGGAGCACCAGUUGGACUUGGAAAUACUAGCUCUCUAGGGGUGGGUCAACAGUCUACUCCCAGCCUAAGCACUGUUAGUCAGAUUGAUCCCAGCUCUAUAGAAAGGGCUUAUGCAGCCCUUGGACUACCCUAUCAAGUAAAUCAGAUGCCAACACAGCCCCAGGUGCAAGCAAAGAACCAGCAGAACCAGCAGUCUGGACAGUCUCCCCAGGGGAUGCGGCCCAUGAGCAACAUGAGUGCUAGUCCUAUGGGAGUAAAUGGAGGUGUAGGGGUUCAAACGUCGAAUCUUCUUUCUGACUCGAUGUUGCAUUCAGCCAUAAAUUCUCAAAACCCAAUGAUGAGUGAAAAUGCCAGUGUGGCCUCCCUGGGUCCUAUGCCAACAGCAGCUCAACCAUCCAGUACUGGAAUUCGGAAACAAUGGCAUGAAGAUAUUACUCAGGAUCUUCGAAAUCAUCUUGUUCACAAACUUGUUCAAGCCAUAUUUCCUACUCCGGAUCCUGCUGCUUUAAAAGACAGACGGAUGGAAAACCUGGUUGCAUACGCCCGGAAAGUGGAAGGGGACAUGUAUGAAUCUGCGAACAAUCGAGCGGAAUACUACCACCUGCUAGCUGAGAAGAUCUAUAAGAUCCAGAAAGAACUAGAAGAAAAACGAAGGACUAGACUACAAAAACAGAACAUGCUACCAAGUGCUGCAAGCAUGGUGCCAGUUUCUAUGAACCCAGGGCCGAACAUGGGGCAGCCACAACCAGGAAUGACUUCUAAUGGCCCUCUACCUGAUCCAUCUAUGAUCCGUGGCAGUGUGCCAAACCAGAUGAUGCCUCGGAUAACUCCACAACCUGGUUUGAAUCAAUUCGGCCAGAUGAGUAUGCCCCAGCCCCCUAUUGGACCCCGGCAAACCUCUCCUCUUCAGCACCAUGGACAGUUAGGUCAACCUGGAACUCUCAACCCGCCUAUGGGCUAUGGGCCUCGCAUGCAGCAGCCUUCCAGCCAGAGCCAGUUCCUUCCUCAGACUCAGUUCUCAACACAGGGAAUGAAUGUAACAAAUAUGCCUUUGGCUCCAUCUGGCAGUCAAGCACCAGUGUCUCAAGCACAAAUGUCCAGUUCUUCCUGCCCUGUGAACUCUCCUAUAAUGCCUCCUGGGUCUCAAGGGAGCCACAUUCACUGUCCCCCUCUCCCUCAACCAGCUCUGCAUCAGAACUCACCCUCACCUGUACCUAGUCGUACCCCAACCCCUCACCACACUCCGCCAAGCAUAGGGGCUCAGCAGCCACCAGCAACAGCAGUUCCAGCCCCUGUUCCUACACCUCCAGCCAUGCCACCUGGGCCACAGUCCCAGGCUCUACAUCCUCCUCCAAGACAGACGCCUACACCGCCACCAACGCAACUUCCUCCCCAAGUGCAGCCUUCACUUCCUGCUGCUCCUUCAGUUGACCAGGCACAGCAGCAGCCUCUGUCCCAGCAGAGUACAGCAGCCUCUGUGCCCACCCCGACAGCGCCACUGCUGCCUCCGCAGCCGGCAACUCCACUUUCCCAGCCAGCUGUAAGCAUCGAAGGUCAGGUAUCAAACCCUCCAUCUACUAGUAGCACGGAAGUGAAUUCUCAGGCCAUUCCUGAGAAGCAGCCUUCACAGGAAGUGAAAAUGGAGGCUAAAAUGGAAGUGGAUGCACCAGAACCAGCAGAUACUCAGCCAGAGGAUAUUCCAGAGACUAAAGCAGAAGACUGUAAAGCGGAACCUACAGAAACAGAAGAGAGAGGCGCUGAAUUAAAAACUGAAACAAAAGAGGAGGAAGACCAGCCAAGUACUUCAGCAGCCCAGUCAUCUCCAGCCCCAGGACAGUCAAAAAAGAAGAUUUUCAAACCUGAAGAGUUACGACAGGCACUGAUGCCGACAUUGGAGGCACUUUACCGACAGGAUCCAGAAUCCCUUCCCUUUCGUCAACCUGUGGACCCCCAGCUUCUAGGAAUCCCUCCCCUACUACCAACCAACUGCUGGUCUGCCUUCUGCCUCUGUGGAUUUGUCUCUUCUGGACAUUUCAUCAAAGAGAGUCUUACAGAUUACUUUGAUAUUGUGAAGAGCCCCAUGGAUCUUUCUACUAUCAAAAGGAAGUUAGACACUGGACAGUAUCAGGAGCCCUGGCAGUAUGUGGAUGACAUUUGGCUUAUGUUCAACAAUGCUUGGUUAUAUAAUCGGAAAACAUCACGGGUAUACAAAUACUGCUCCAAGCUGUCUGAGGUCUUUGAACAAGAAAUUGACCCAGUCAUGCAAAGCCUUGGAUACUGCUGUGGCAGAAAGUUGGAGUUCUCUCCACAGACACUCUGUUGCUAUGGCAAACAGUUAUGCACAAUCCCUCGUGAUGCCACUUACUACAGUUACCAGAACAGGUAUCAUUUCUGUGAGAAGUGUUUCAAUGAAAUCCAAGGGGAGAGCGUUUCUUUGGGGGAUGACCCUUCCCAGCCUCAAACUACAAUAAAUAAAGAACAAUUUUCGAAGAGAAAAAAUGACACUCUGGAUCCUGAACUAUUUGUUGAAUGUACGGAGUGUGGAAGAAAGAUGCAUCAGAUCUGUGUCCUUCAUCAUGAGAUCAUCUGGCCAUCUGGAUUUGUCUGUGAUGGCUGUUUAAAGAAGACUGCACGAACUAGAAAAGAAAAUAAGUUUUCUGCUAAAAGGUUGCCAUCUACCAGGCUUGGCACCUUUCUGGAGAAUCGUGUGAAUGACUUUCUGAGGCGACAAAAUCACCCUGAGUCAGGAGAGGUCACUGUUAGAGUAGUUCAUGCUUCUGACAAAACUGUGGAAGUCAAACCAGGCAUGAAAGCAAGGUUUGUAGAUAGUGGAGAGAUGGCAGAAUCCUUUCCAUAUCGAACCAAAGCCCUCUUUGCCUUUGAGGAGAUUGAUGGUGUUGACUUGUGUUUCUUUGGCAUGCACGUUCAAGAGUAUGGUUCUGACUGCCCCCCGCCCAACCAGAGGAGAGUAUACAUAUCAUACCUGGAUAGUGUUCAUUUCUUCCGUCCUAAAUGCUUGAGGACUGCAGUCUAUCAUGAAAUUCUAAUUGGAUAUUUGGAAUAUGUCAAGAAAUUAGGAUAUACAACAGGGCAUAUUUGGGCAUGCCCCCCAAGUGAGGGAGACGACUACAUCUUCCAUUGCCACCCCCCCGACCAGAAGAUACCCAAGCCCAAGCGACUGCAGGAGUGGUACAAAAAGAUGCUCGACAAGGCUGUAUCCGAGCGAAUUGUCCACGACUACAAGGAUAUUUUUAAACAAGCUACUGAAGAUCGAUUAACAAGUGCAAAGGAAUUGCCUUACUUUGAAGGUGAUUUCUGGCCCAAUGUACUGGAAGAGAGCAUUAAGGAACUGGAACAGGAGGAGGAAGAGAGAAAGCGAGAGGAGAACACCAGCAACGAAAGCACAGAUGUGACAAAGGGAGACAGCAAAAAUGCUAAAAAGAAGAAUAAUAAGAAAACUAGCAAAAACAAGAGCAGCCUGAGUAGGGGCAAUAAGAAGAAGCCAGGCAUGCCCAAUGUAUCCAAUGACCUCUCGCAAAAACUGUAUGCCACCAUGGAGAAGCAUAAAGAGGUCUUCUUCGUGAUCCGUCUCAUCGCCGGCCCCGCUGCCAACUCCCUGCCUCCCAUCGUUGACCCCGAUCCCCUCAUCCCCUGCGACCUGAUGGACGGGCGGGAUGCCUUUCUCACCCUCGCAAGGGACAAGCACCUGGAGUUCUCCUCACUCCGAAGAGCCCAGUGGUCCACCAUGUGCAUGCUGGUGGAGCUGCACACCCAGAGCCAGGACCGCUUCGUCUACACCUGCAACGAGUGCAAGCACCACGUGGAGACGCGCUGGCACUGCACCGUGUGCGAGGAUUAUGAUUUGUGUAUCACCUGCUAUAACACUAAAAACCAUGACCACAAAAUGGAGAAACUUGGUCUCGGGUUGGAUGACGAGAGCAACAACCAGCAGGCCGCGGCCACCCAGAGCCCGGGAGACUCCCGCCGCCUGAGCAUCCAGCGGUGCAUCCAGUCUCUGGUCCACGCCUGCCAGUGCCGAAAUGCCAACUGCUCCCUGCCCUCCUGCCAGAAGAUGAAGCGGGUUGUGCAGCACACCAAGGGCUGCAAGCGGAAGACCAACGGAGGGUGCCCCAUCUGCAAGCAGCUCAUCGCCCUCUGCUGCUACCACGCCAAGCACUGCCAGGAGAACAAGUGCCCCGUGCCCUUCUGCCUCAACAUCAAGCAGAAGCUCCGGCAGCAGCAGCUACAGCACCGGCUCCAGCAAGCCCAGAUGCUCCGCAGGAGGAUGGCCAGCAUGCAGCGGGCUGGCGUGGUGGGGCAGCAGCAGGGCCUGCCCUCCCCGACGCCUGCGACCCCGACCACGCCCACCGGCCAGCAGCCGACCACCCCGCAGACGCCCCAGCCCCCCUCCCAGCCCCAGCCCACCCCUCCCACCAGCAUGCCGCCCUACUUGCCCAGGACUCAGGCUGCUGGCCCGGUGUCCCAGGGCAAGGCGGCCGGCCAGGUCACCCCCCCGACCCCUCCGCAGACUGCUCAGCCGCCCCUUCCAGGACCCCCACCUGCCGCGGUGGAAAUGGCGAUGCAGAUUCAGAGGGCAGCCGAGACGCAGCGCCAGAUGGCCCACGUGCAAAUUUUUCAAAGGCCGAUCCAGCACCAGAUGCCCCAAAUGACUCCGAUGGCCCCCAUGGGUAUGAACGCACCCCCCAUGGCCAGAGGUCCCGGUGGGCAUUUGGAGCCAGGGGUGGGGCCCACAGGGAUGCAGCAGCCACCGCCGUGGGCCCAAGGGGGAUUGCCUCAGCCCCAGCACCUGCAGCCCGGGGUGCCCAGGCCAGCCAUGAUGUCAGUGUCACAGCACGGUCAGCCCCUGAACAUGGCUCCCCAACCGGGAUUGGGCCAGGUAGGUGUGAGCCCUCUCAAACCGGGCACUGUGUCUCAACAAGCCUUACAGAACCUUCUGCGGACUCUCAGGUCUCCCAGCUCCCCCCUGCAGCAGCAACAGGUGCUUAGUAUCCUUCACGCCAACCCCCAGCUGUUGGCCGCGUUCAUCAAGCAGCGGGCUGCCAAGUACGCCAACUCCAACCCGCAGCCCCUCCCCGGGCAGCCUGGCGUGCCCCAGGGCCAGCCAGGGCUGCAGCCCCCCACCAUGCCGGGCCAGCAGGGGGUCCACUCCAGCCCCGCUAUGCCGAACUUGAAUCCCAUGCAGGCGGGCGUCCAGAGGGCCGGCCUGCCCCAGCAGCAGGCACCGCAGCAGCAGCUCCCGCCGCCCAUGGGGGGCAUGAGCCCCCAGGCUCAGCAGAUGAGCAUGAAUCACAGCGCCAUGCCGGCGCAGUUCCGAGACAUCCUGAGGCGGCAGCAGAUGAUGCAGCAGCAGCAGCAGCAGCAGGGAGCGGGGCCGGGAGUCGGGCCUGGGCUGGCCAGCCACAGCCAGUUCCAGCCGCCCCAGGGCCUGGGCUACCCUGCCCCCCAGCCGCCGCCGCCGCCGCCGCCGCCCCGGAUGCAGCAGCACAUGCAGCACCUGCAGCAAGGGAGCGGGGGCCAGCUGGGCCAGCUCCCCCAGGCCCUGGGGGCAGAGGCAGGAGCCGGUCUGCAGGCCUAUCAGCAGCGACUCCUUCAGCAACAGAUGGGGUCACCCGCUCAGCCCAACCCCAUGAGCCCCCAGCAGCAUAUGCUCCCGAGUCAGGCUCAGUCCCCGCACCUUCCAGGCCAGCAGAUCCCAUCUCUCUCCAAUCAAGUGCGGUCUCCCCAGCCUGUUCCUUCUCCGCGGCCACAGUCCCAGCCCCCCCACUCCAGCCCUUCCCCACGGAUGCAGCCUCAGCCUUCUCCACACCACGUUUCCCCACAGACCAGUUCUCCACAUCCCGGACUGGUCGCUGCCCAGGGCAACCCCAUGGAACAAGGGCAUUUUGCCAGCCCGGACCAGAAUUCAAUGCUCUCUCAGCUGACUGGCAAUCCAGGCAUGGCAAACCUCCAUGGUGCCAGCGCCACGGACCUGGGACUCAGCACCGACAACUCAGACUUGAAUUCAAACCUCUCACAGAGUACACUAGACAUACACUAGAGACACCUUGUAGUAUUUUGGGAGCAAAAAAAUUAUUUUCUCUUAAGACUUUUUGUACUGAAAACAAUUUUUUUGAAUCUUUCUUAGCCUAAAAGACAAUUUUCCUUGGAACACACGAGAACUGCGCGGUAGCUGUUUGUGGUUUAAAGCAAACAUGCGAAAUGAACCUGAGGGGUGAUGAUUGAUUGAUAGAACACAAAGAAUCUAUUUUUGUUAUGGCUGGUCCCCACCGGCUUGGUUUUUUUUCCCUUGUGUGUUUGGUUCAAGUGUGCACUGGGAGGAGGCUGAGGUCUGUGACGCCAACCACAUGCUCCUGCCUUGCACCUCCAAUAGGUUUUAUUAUUUUUUUUAAAUUAAUGAAAAUAUGUAAUAUUAAUAGUUAUUAUUUACUGGUGCAGAUGGUUGACAUUCUUCCCUAUUUUCCUCACUUUAUGGAAGAGUUAAAAAAGAACAUUUCUAAAACCAGAGGACAAAAGGGGUUAAUGUUACUUUAAAAUUACAUUCUAUAUAUAUAUAAAUAUAUAUAAAUAUAUAUUAAAAUACCAAUUUUUUUCUCUGGGUGCAAAGAUGUUCAUUCUUUUAAAAAUGUUUAAAAAAAAAAAAAAAAAAGGAAAAAAAGUCCCCUUUCCUCCCCUCAAGUCAACUUUUGUGCUCCAGAAAAUUUUCUAUUCCGUAAGUCUGAUCGUAAAAACUUCAAGUAUUAAAGUAAUUUGUACAUGUAGAGAGAAAAAUGACUUUUUCAAAAUAUACAGGGGCAGCUGCCAAAUUGAUGUAUUAUAUAUUGUGGUUCUGUUUCUUGAAAGAAUUUUUUUCGUUAUUUUUACAUCUAACAAAGGAAAAAAUUAAAAAGAGGGUAAGAAACGAUUCCAGUGGGAUGAUUUUAACAUGCAAAAUGUCCCUGGGGUUUCUCCUUUGCUUGCUUUCUUCCUCCUUACCCUGUCCACCCCCAAAACACACACACACACACACACACACACACACACACACACACACUUUCUGUAAAACUUGAAAAUAGAAAGCAAAAACCCUCAACUUGUAAAUCAUGAGAUUAAAGUUGAUUACUUAUAAAUAUGAACUUUGGAUCACUGUAUAGACUGUUAAAUUUGAUUUCUUAUUACCUAUUGUUAAAUAAACUGUGUGAG